AGGUGAAGUACGGACGUUUUGCAUUUGUGUGGGAUGCAGCUGUGCUGGAGUAUGUGGCCAUUAAUGACGAGGACUGUUCGCUUUACACCGUGAGCAACAAUGUGGCUGACAGAGGCUACGGCAUGGCGAUGCAGCACGGCAGUCCUUACAGAGACAUCUUCUCUCAGAGGAUCUUGGAGCUUCAGCAGAAUGGAGACAUGGACAUCCUGAAGCUAAAGUGGUGGCCGAGGGACAGUCCGUGUGACCUGUACUCUCCUGUGGGCACUCGGAAAAGUGGCAGCGCCCUGGACAUCCACAGUUUUGCAGGAGUCUUCUUUGUACUAGCGGCCGGUGUGGUUUUGUCCUGUCUCAUUGCCACAGUGGAGACCUGGUGGACACGAAGAAAGGGCUCCAGAGUCCCAUCGAAGGAGGACGAUAAGGAGAUCGACCUGGAGCACCUUCAUCACCGGGUUAACAGCUUGUGCACGGAGGACGAGAGCCCCCACAAACAGUUCUCCACCUCCUCCAUCGACCUGACGCCCCUGGACAUGGAUUCCCUCCCGGCUGCCCGUCAGGCCCUCGAGCAGAUCAGCGACUUCCGCAACACACACAUCACCACCACCACCUUCAUACCCGAGCAGAUCCAGACUCUCAGCCGGAGCCUGUCAGCCAAAGCGGCAGCUGGCUUCGCCUUCGGGGCCGUGCAGGACCACCGGACUGGGGGGCCCUUUCGGCAGAGAGCCCCCAACGGCGGCUUCUUUCGCAGCCCUGUCAAGACAAUGUCUAGCAUCCCGUAUCAGCCCACCCCGGCCCCCAACUUUAGCUAUGGCAACGACCCGGACAGGGGCACUUCCAUAUAGAUUGCAGAGAUUCCUGGGUCUGCAAGUCGGAAACAAAAAAGAGAUCUAUGUAAAUACAAAUGUUCCUUUUCGAUUGUCGUUUUCUCAUGGCUUUCGCUCUUCGCGAUGGAGCUUGUUUGCCCAGAACGAACUCGCCAACAGGACGAGGAUGGAAUAAAUUGGUCGUUAUUGUCAUUGUGGUUUGUCAGGAGAUUUUCUCUGUGAACUAAAAAAAAA